UGACCGUUGGCUCCAGGGUAGGGGUCGCCGCUCGGGCGAUCGCUCAGACCUGACUAGAGUGCGCGGGCUGCUGACGCUCGGCCUGGAGCCCGGGGGCGAGAUCUAGCUCGGCUCCGCCAUGCCGGCCGGGAGUAACGAGUCGGACGGCGUCCUCCGCUAUCAGAGACCAGAUGAAGAAGCUGUGGUGGAUCAGGGUGGGACCAGCACAAUUCUCAACAUUCACUAUGAGAAGGAAGAGUUGGAAGGUCAUAGAACUCUGUACGUUGGGGUUCGGAUGCCGCUGGGCCGGCAGAGCCAUCGGCACCACAGAACCCAUGGCCAGAAGCACCGAAGACGAGGGCGGGGCAAAGGAGCCAGCCAGGGGGAGGAAGGCCUGGAGGCCCUGGCCCACGGUAACACCCUCGGGAGAGAGGACACACCAUCUCAGCGUGUUCAGUUCAUUCUUGGCACUGAGGACGAUGAGGAGCAUGUGCCUCAUGAUCUGUUCACGGAGCUGGACGAGAUCUGUAUGAAAGAGGGAGAAGAUGCCGAGUGGAAGGAGACAGCCAGGUGGCUGAAGUUUGAAGAAGAUGUUGAGGACGGAGGAGAGCGCUGGAGCAAGCCUUAUGUGGCAACCCUUUCAUUGCACAGUCUCUUUGAGCUAAGGAGCUGCCUUAUUAAUGGAACAGUCCUUCUGGACAUGCGUGCAAACAGCAUAGAAGAAAUUUCAGACCUGAUCCUGGACCAGCAAGAACUGUUCAGUGACCUGAAUGACAGCAUCAGGGUUAAAGUACGGGAAGCCCUUCUCAAAAAGCAUCAUCAUCAGAAUGAAAAGAAGAGAAAUAAUCUCAUUCCCAUUGUUCGCUCCUUUGCUGAGGUUGGCAAGAAGCAAUCUGAUCCACAUUCCAUGGAUAAAAAUGGUCAAACUGUGUCUCCUCAGUCUGUUCCAACUACAAGUCUUGAAGUAAAAAAUGGAGCAAAUUGUGAACACAGCCCCAUGGAUUUAACCAAGGUGGACCUUCAUUUCAUGAAGAAAAUUCCCACUGGGGCUGAGGCCUCAAACGUCCUGGUUGGAGAGGUGGAUUCUCUGGACCGCCCCAUCGUGGCCUUUGUGAGGCUGUCUCCAGCUGUUCUCCUCUCAGGCCUGACAGAAGUGCCCAUCCCAACAAGAUUCCUGUUUAUCCUGUUGGGUCCAGUAGGGAAAGGUCAGCAGUAUCACGAGAUUGGCAGAUCCAUGGCCACCAUCAUGACAGAUGAGAUUUUUCAUGAUGUGGCAUAUAAGGCAAAAGAGCGAGAUGAUCUCCUGGCUGGGGUUGACGAGUUCCUAGACCAGGUGACGGUGCUCCCACCAGGGGAGUGGGACCCCUCCAUUAGAAUCGAGCCACCCAAAAACGUCCCUUCCCAGGAGAAAAGGAAAAUGCCUGGUGUUCCAAAUGGAAACGUUUGCCACAUAGAACCGGAACCACAUGGGGGCCACAGUGGGCCAGAACUUCAGCGCACUGGGCGGCUCUUUGGGGGCUUGGUGCUGGACAUCAAGCGGAAGGCCCCCUGGUACUGGAGCGACUACCGGGAUGCACUCAGCCUGCAGUGUUUGGCCUCCUUUCUGUUCCUGUACUGUGCCUGCAUGUCGCCUGUCAUCACCUUUGGGGGAUUGCUUGGAGAAGCCACUGAGGGACGCAUAAGUGCAAUUGAAUCCUUGUUUGGAGCCUCCAUGACUGGGAUUGCCUAUUCCUUGUUUGCCGGACAGGCUCUCACCAUCCUGGGAAGUACUGGGCCAGUGCUUGUGUUUGAAAAGAUUUUGUUCAAAUUCUGCAAAGACUACGCUCUUUCAUACCUCUCCCUGCGAGCUUGUAUCGGACUGUGGACCGCCUUCCUGUGCAUUGUUCUUGUGGCAACUGAUGCCAGUUCCCUUGUCUGCUACAUUACCCGCUUCACUGAAGAAGCGUUUGCCUCCCUGAUUUGCAUUAUUUUCAUCUAUGAAGCAAUAGAAAAGUUGAUUCACCUAGCAGAGACCUACCCCAUUCACAUGCACAGCCAGCUGGACCACCUCAGCCUGUAUUACUGCAGGUGUACUCUCCCAGAGAAUCCAAACAAUCACACCCUGCAGUACUGGAAGGACCAUAACAUCGUGACAACGGAAGUCCACUGGGCUAACCUGACCGUUAGUGAAUGCCAGGAGAUGCACGGAGAGUUCACGGGAUCUUCGUGUGGCCACCAUGGACCCUAUACUCCGGAUGUGCUCUUUUGGUCCUGCAUUCUCUUCUUCACCACCUUCAUCCUCUCAAGCACCUUAAAGACGUUUAAGACAAGCCGCUAUUUCCCAACCAGGGUACGCUCCAUGGUGAGUGACUUUGCUGUUUUCCUCACUAUCUUCACAAUGGUGAUUAUUGAUUUUUUGAUUGGCAUCCCAUCACCAAAGCUUCAAGUUCCCAGUGUGUUCAAGCCAACAAGGGAUGAUCGAGGGUGGAUUAUUAGUCCCAUUGGUCCCAAUCCCUGGUGGACUGUGAUAGCUGCAAUUAUCCCAGCUCUUCUCUGCACUAUCUUAAUAUUCAUGGACCAGCAGAUCACAGCUGUCAUCAUUAACAGGAAGGAACACAAGCUCAAGAAAGGCUGUGGCUACCACCUGGACCUGCUGAUGGUGGCCAUCAUGCUGGGUGUCUGCUCCAUCAUGGGCCUGCCCUGGUUUGUGGCUGCAACUGUUUUGUCCAUCACCCACGUGAACAGCCUCAAACUGGAAUCUGAGUGCUCUGCUCCUGGAGAACAGCCCAAGUUCUUGGGCAUCCGAGAGCAAAGAGUGACAGGCCUUAUGAUCUUUGUGCUGAUGGGCUGCUCAGUCUUCAUGACAGCUAUAUUAAAGUUUAUCCCCAUGCCAGUAUUGUAUGGAGUCUUCCUCUACAUGGGAGUAUCCUCACUGCAGGGAAUUCAGUUCUUUGAUCGCCUGAAGCUCUUUGGGAUGCCCGCAAAGCACCAGCCAGACUUUAUCUACCUUCGGCAUGUGCCCUUGCGCAAAGUGCACCUCUUCACCCUAAUCCAGCUGACCUGCCUUGUCCUGCUCUGGGUCAUCAAGGCAUCUCCAGCUGCCAUUGUCUUUCCAAUGAUGGUUUUGGCCUUGGUCUUUGUCAGGAAAGUCAUGGAUCUCUGUUUCUCUAAGCGAGAGCUGAGCUGGUUAGAUGACCUCAUGCCUGAAAGCAAAAAGAAGAAGUUGGACGAUGCCAAAAAGAAGGCCAAGGAGGAAGAGGAGGCCGAGAAAAUGUUAGAAAUCGGGGGAGACAAGUUCCCCUUAGAGAGAAGGAAGUUACUAAGUAGUCCUGGAAAGAACAACAGUUUCAGCACUGAUUUCAGAUGUGACCCCUCUGAGAUUAAUAUAUCUGAUGAAAUGCCUAAAACCACGGUCUGGAAAGCUCUCAGUAUGAAUUCUGGAAAUACAAAGGAAAAGAGUCUCUUCAACUAAAAGUCUUUGCUGGGAUGCAAGAUUUGGGCCACGAGGUGCCUCAGGGGAGUUCUGGUCACAGAGAAGAUGGUGAAUCUCUCAGAGAAGAAGCAAGACCAAGUCUGGCCCUGUCCUUGGUCAUGUCAACGCCAUGCCGAAGCAUUGAGUUAUUCGUGGUGUGCACUGGAGGACAUCCAGCUGCCCCCUUACCAGCAGCCAGUCACCAGAUGUGAACGUGGAAGCAGAAGACCAGCUCCUGUUGGUACUUGUCUUUCUUCUGUUUCUCCUCAGAACUGCCACCAUUGAAUACCCAGCUUCCCACUUUCCAGACAUUUUCUCUGAACCUCUCUGCUGGCCUGCCGAGCCAUAUGGAUCCAUUCUGCCACUGAGGAUUCCUUCAAAGAGGUCCCUCUUCCUAAAGGAUGGAGUAGGGGAGUAGGAGGAGAGCGGAGAGAAAAGGGAAGGCUCUCCAGUCCCACAGUAUCUGCAGGCUGCUAGGCAGCCCUGGGCCUUGUUUGAUUGCCUACUCUGGGGGAUGCUGGUCAGACCCAGAGGCUGUCAGGAGGGUUUGCUCAGCGACCUGGGCGUUGGCAGUGCCCACCACCAAGCCAGAAGAUACCUCUGGCCCGGGUGCAUCUUCAUUGCUUCCUAGCAGCAGGCUGCAUAACUCCGUGAGAACCUUGGAUAGUGAAAGGGCCAAGAGGGACACUGGAGUUGUUUAGCUUCAACAGGAAGCAGCUCGAGGGAAAUCAGUUACGAUAAGUGAGGAUGAGCAGCCUCUCUUGGUUUCAUUGAGGACAGAGUAAGAGAAUGAGCUGAAAUUGCCACAGAAGGAAAUAGUUUAGACACCAGGAAGGACUUCCUCGCCUGAAGAUUUGUCAUAGUGUCUGAUUUCUAGAUCUCCGAGAAAGGUUUGAUAAGAGCUGUUUGUGAGUAGAAAGGGAUUUAAGGUGUUUUUAUUGCCCUGUUGUGGAAACAUUCAUGUCUUGCUGCUGUCUCUUGAGGACACAUUCUGAUUCCAUUCCUGGAGAGAUCCAAGUGCUUACGUAAUGUCUCCUUAGCUGCCUUAGUAGCAAACCAUCAAUGGACCAAAACCACCUUCAGCCAUGCGGUUUCUUCAUCAUCAUAGAUUUCUUUUGGUUGACACAUGUUCUGCCACUCAGAUGUAAAAAGCCACACUGGGAAAUGAACUGUAAGUGGUGACAUUAAUUUUGGUAUUUAGUUUAAAACUAAUUUAUGGUUAUUCUCUUCUCUUCUCUGUUGCAAUAAUAUCAAGGAUUUGGGCUCCAGUGUGUAUAGACUUUCCCUUCCUUUGUGCACAGAAUGUGACUAACAAGUAUGUUGGUACCCAGGGAAUACGAUCAUAUCAGUUUUCCAUCCUGGAAAAUCUUUGUACAGUGGGACAUUCCCCCAGUGUGCUUUCCUUUCAUAGAUGAAGAGUUGGCUAUAUCACUUGAUUGAAUUUUGCAUUCCUUAGACUCUUAACAUAUAUUAGUGUAUUCUAGUCUUACUCUAAAGAUCUUUGAUGUUGAAGGAAUCCUGCAUUUCUUUCAUAUUUCCCUAUCUCUUAGAGCCAUAAUUAUUUUCAUACGCAGAUGAUUUUCAAAAUAUUUAACAACUGGUACAGGACGGAGACCAACCACUCAGAACGGAUGCCUGCUAUAAACAAGCAGUAGGUAUGGCCUUACCCAUGCCUACUGGCUGAACGUCAUGCUGCUUUCAAAUAUUAAAAUGAUAUCCCUUUGAAUUGUGGAUAUUUUUCCUGGUUUGUCUGAUUUCUACUCACAAGGCUGUUUUAGGGACAGCCUCAGCUUCCUUUCCUAUGGUGCAGACAGGAACAGGAAUGUGUUUUUGAAGUAUACGGGCAUUAAAACCUUUGCGAGCCAAAGCUUCACAGUUUAUCACUUUAGGAUAAGUGUAAUAAUUGUACCCAUUUCCCUACCUAAUUCAGAAAAAUUGAAAGGCAGCUUUGUCAAAGAGAAAGCUUUCUUGCUGACUUUCCCUGUCUCUCUCUGGCUGCUUCCUUGAACUUGCCUCUUUUUUCAUCUUUCUUCCCUGAGAACAUCCCCCCACUUUCUUCCUCCAUCUUGCCCCUCCCAUCUUUUCCUGCCACCUCUGUAGAGGGAAGAUGGGGACUGCUUCACCUGUUUCCCUAGCCUCAGCGUGGCUGGAAGGAAUGUAACAGAGUGAGUCCUUCAUGCAACAAAACUAGAUGAAAGAGCCACUCAGAAAAAUCUCUCUCCUAAUAUGCUGAUGUCUUGUGAUGCCUUGUGUAUGCUGGGCUUCUGGAGAGAGGGAACCUGUCUUGGUUAACUCUGUGCAGUGCAGUUACAGGACCACGCAUGCACUUUCCUGAGCCAGACCCUCCUCAGUUACUGCACCUUAGGAAUGUCAGCUACCUUGUGCCAAGGCUUUUAGGCCAUUAGAUUUUUCUCAAACGAUAGCCAGCCUCAUUUCUGCUACAUCUCAGUGAUGGCAACCAUUCCCUACUCUUACUCUCUCCUCCUUCCCAAGUCUCACCAAACACUCAACCCCAGUGCUGGCUGCUUUCUUGCUCGGGUCUGUGGCUGUGACCAUGAUGGCAGAGUCAAGCUGGGCACCGUUUGGGGUGAGAAACUGGGAGGGGAGGUGAAGCAGCAGCAGUGUUUGUGUAUGUGUGUGUGUGCAUAUGCAUGUGUGUUUAUCAGCAAAUGAGAGUAUAGCCGUAAGAUUUCAUUGCUGCUAAUAAGCAGCCUUGUGCACCGCGUGCACAAGGGGAUAUUAGAAAAAUAUGGCCGUAUCCCUUCUAGGGGUUCCCCCUCUCCAACUUCUCUGAUGGAAUAGCUUGAGGACAAAUAUAGGCAGAUUAAUCUAUAAAAAAAGGUAUUUAAGCUCAACAUUAAGGAGAAACUGAUUUAGGGGUGGAAAGAAAGGCCAGUAGGUAAUUUCUGUGCCCAGGUUUGCUUGGGCCGGAGAAGCAGUCCAUCUCUUUCAUGACAAGGGGAGAUUUCAGGAAUAGUUUGAGUGUUGGCAGGCCAAUGCCCUGACAGGCUGGUAGUGUAGAGGUAGGGAGGGAGGGAGGCCAGAGAUUUAAGAAAGUGAUGGUGAAUAGAAUCUUGGUUCUAAGGAGAAGAACUGCUGUUGCUCAGUGGGUGGGUUACUUCCUAGCCCAUGACUUUCAGGAAAGGGUUGGCCUAGAGAGAAAGGGAAGACCAGCAGAAAUAUGCUGUGAAAUUACCAAAUAUAUUUGGUUGCAUCAAAUGCAGGCUAGCUCUUUGUGGCUAUAUAUGAUUUCAGAUUUCUGAUGAUGGGGUUAUCAGGAGAUCUGGUCUUGAGCACAUACAGCUCCUAUCCCCAUCUCCUUAUUCAUAUAACUUUGCCUUUAGGGUAGAGGGGUAGGGAACCAUGUAUUUCCGAAAGACGGUGUGAAUAGUUGCUAUUUCUCUUUGUCUGAGAUGUGACUGGCUUUUAAAUUAGUCAUAAAUGUUUGAUAAAAGUCUGGUAUAUGCUAUGUCCCAGGCUUGGUUGACAACUCAGACUAUGACAACCAUGACCUUUAAGAGGUCUCUGGUUCUGGAAAUCUGUGGUUUCUGGUUGUCCAAAAAAGGCAAUUCCCAGUUCUACUUUGUUUUCUACCUACUCAAGGCUCCCGACUUCUUCCUUAAUAGAGGUGUCAGUAAUUCUCCCUGCAUUUUCUCUGCUGAUUUCAGUGUCCAGUGUUCUGCAUCUCCCAAGUUUUUCUGAAGCAUGAGAGAAACUUGACCACAGGGCCCCUGGCUUUCCUUUUAACUGGCAUCAGAAGUACUAUCUAGUAUGUUCUCUCUGCUACUUUAUCAGCUUCUCUAAAUUUCUUCUUUUGCAAGCGAGUUAGCACCUCUUCCUAGGACUUUUAAGCAGUCUUUGCCAGUUUGUUACUGCAUUUUCCUUGGCCGUCUCAGGUUUCCAAGCCACAUCCUGGCGGGACAUUAAGCAGCGUUGCAGUGAAUGUUCUCUGCCUUCUUGACUUUCUUUUGAUUGUAGCUGUCGGGCCUGUAGGGAGAAAUCCUCCCUGCCAAAGGAGGCAUCGUCCAAGUUCCGCCCCCUUUACUGACUCAGCUUUUUCAAGCACCCUUUGUUCUCCUUUCUGCCUUUUCCUCAGUCCUUCAAGUCCUCCUCGGAGGGAAGAAGUUCUUGGUCAGAGGCCCUAAAACCCACCACCAGUUAGGGGUGGUGAGAGAGGCAAGGAGGUUGGACAGUUCUGAGGCUUCUCAUGGUUAUUUCCUUACUUCGUGGUUGUUUUCCUUCUUUAGGAUGAGGGAUUAAGAAUUCUCAAGCCCUCAGGUUUAUCCUUAUUUCAGCGUAAACAGAAAAAGACAUUCCAAAACCAAAUAGAAGUGAUUUUUCUACCAAAUCUAUUCUUUAUGAUUCACGGUGCCCUUGGUCUCUUACAUUAAUUACAGAGAACGGGCAGUUGACUCAGUUAACAUUUCUUUACCAGAAAGAAGGCUAAUUUUCAUAAUUAAAAGAGGUGUGAAGUAACUCUUGAAUUUUUAUGCUUGAAGCAUAAAAAGAGGAAAAGAGUGUUACGUGAAUCUUUUCAAUAGGAAAAUUCAGCAAGUGGAAUGAUUCAUCCAUAGGCAUAAUUCUUUCAGGAGAUUCUGUGCUCAAAGGGAAUGGAAUGGUUUCUGAUCCUUCUGAAAAGAAAAGGAAUGGCAUUUUUCUUAAACUUAACCCACUUUCAGCUUUGGAGAAUACAGAACUUUUUCUUCUAGCUGAUGGCAUUAAUAUUUCCUGAGAGAGAGAGAACCCACCCACGGCACUUUUCUGAGCCCAGCAGAAAUCAGCAAAGCUCGGGCUUCUCUUAGCGGGUUUGCUGUUGACGCCAACAUGCAGGUUUUUCACACGUGCAAUAAUGUUGGAAAAGAAGCACCAAACUGAAUGUGCAAUUACUCGUUUUGCAAAAGAGGCCAAAAUCCUCCUCCUCACUCCUUUCUCCGAUAUUCGCUCCUCCAAGAUGAUGAGCUUCCUUCUUGUUUAUCUGUGUCUGUCUGUCUGAUUGGUUAGAUAUGGCUGCCCUCCCAAGCUGAUGGUGUCAGGUGGGGAGCCGAGCAACCUUCCCACGGAAGGGGACAACUUGAGGUGCUGGUACAUUUCCCUUGUUUUCUAUGUUCUUCUUUCUAGUGGGUCUCAUGUAGAGAUAGAGAUAUUUUUGUUUUAGAGAUUCUAAAGUAUAUAUUUUUAGUGUAAGAAAUGUACCCUCUCUACCCUCCAUGGUGUAAAUAGAAUCGAGAACAAAUGUGUCCUUGUGACAACCCCAUAGCAAUCUGUGGUAGGAAUAGGACCCUGCUCCCUCCCACCAAGUCUCAUGGUCUGUGUCUGUGAACCAGGGGAGGUGACUGUGACACCUCCACCUGCCCAGACCUUCCUGUGCUCAAUGGGUGAAAAAUAAAGUCUGUGUAAACUGUGUAAACACCUGUGGUGUUCUUUGAGCCCAGA